CCCUCCCCUGUACUCUCUUCUCACCGGAGGUGAUCUUACUCACUCUCAUGUUCUCAAAUGCCAUCUAUAUGCUAAUGAGUUUUGAAUUCCUGUCACUUGGCCAGAUCUCUUUUCUAAGCUCUAGACCUCUAUAUCUAACACUUUACUUUUUAACUCCUCUUGGAUGCAUGACCGGCAUCUCAGACUCUGCAUGUCUAAGAAUCCCUGAUUACACUGUGCUACCCUCUCACCCCACAUUUCUCAGGGUCCCCAUCCUAGAGUGCCCGGGGACACCACUCCUUUUCACUUAUCCUAUGCAUAUAGUCUGUCAGCAAGUUCUGUUGACUCUACUUUCUGAAAAUAUUUUGAAUCUAUUCACGUCUAUACAGCUCCACUAUAACCCACGAUAGUGUCCUCUUGCUCAUCUGGUUUCCCCUCAUCCACAUUUUUCUCUUUCAUUCAUUCAUACAGCAGCCAGAGUGAUCUGAUCUCAGAGUGAUAGGAUGAUAGCAUUCCUCUGCUUGGAGCCCUUUUUGCAGCUAUUACAGGGAUGGACCUUGAAGACAUUAUGCUAAGUGACACAAAAGGACACAAAAGGACAAGUAUUGUAAGAGUCCACAUAUAAGAAUAGAAUAGUCAGAUUCAUAGAGCCAAAGCAGAAUGGUGCUUUCCAACUGUUGAGAGAGGGAAGAAUGAGAGUUUAUUAUUUUAUGGGUACAGUGUUUCAGUCUGCAUGAUGGAAAGGUUCUGGAGGUAGUGGUAAUGGUUGCACCAUGAAUCUAUUUAAUGCCACUGAAUGAACUUUAAAAUGGUUAAAGUGGUCAUUUUUAUAUUACGUGUAUUUUACUAAAAGUAAAAAAAAAAACUUACUUGGGUUGCUCAUUAUUAUUAUAAUAAAGAUCCCAAUGUUUGAUACCAUCUAGAAGGCCUGAGAUGAUCAGGCCCUCUCUUCUGUCCCUCAGUUUCUAUACCAUAGUUACACUGAUUCCUUUUAAAUCCUUGAUGACACAGAAUAUCCUUCUUACUUUUAAACGUCCCCCUUAACAUUCCCUCCCAUGGAAUGAAAUACUACUUCCUUACUUUUCACCCAGCUAAUUACUAUUCAUCCUUAUAGUCCUCAGCUUAUACAUCACCUCCUCCAGGAUAUCACCCCGCAAUCCCUCCAAUGAUAGGUCCUCUUGUUACAUUUUAAAGCGCUGCUAUAUAUUUGUAGCACUUAUCACAAUUAUGAUUUAUUAUUCAGUAUUUGUCUCCUCCAACAUAUUGCAAGCUCUGUGGGACCAGGGACCAUUCUGAUUUGUUCACCUAAUGUAACGUUUUAAAGAGUGUGCUUAGUAGAAGUUCAAAAUAUAUUUGUAGAGUGCAUGAAUCAGUAUUUGUAGGGUGCAUGAACCAAUACAUGCCAUCUAAAGGAUAGCUCAUUAAUGAAAUGAAAUGAGUUAACUGCUUAAAAGAGGCAAUAAAAGAAAAAAAAUUAUUAUUUUUUUUUGGCUUUUUUUUUUUUUUUUUUUUUUUUUUUUUUUUUGCUAUUUCUUUGGGCCGCUCCCGCGGCAUAUGGAGGUUCCCAGGCUAGGGGUCCAAUCGGAGCUGUAGCCGCCAGCCUACGCCGGAGCCACAGCAACGUGGGAUCCGAGCCGCGUCUGCAACCUACACCACAGCUCACGGCAACGCCGGAUCGUUAACCCACUGAGCAAGGGCAGGGACCGAACCCGCAACCUCAUGGUUCCUAGUCGGAUUCGCUAACCACUGUGCCACGACGGGAACUCCAAAAAUUAUUCUUAAUUAUAAAAACAAUACAGGAGUUCCCAUUGUGGCACAGUGGGUUAACUACCUGACUAGUAUCCAUGAGGAUGCGGGUUCCAUCCCUGGCCUCACUCAGUGUGUGUUAAAGAUCCGAUGUUGUCCUGAGCUGUGGUGUAGGUCACAGACAUGGCUUGGAUCCAUGUUGCUGUGGUUGUGGUGUAGACCGGCAGCUGCAGCUCCAAUUCAACCCCUAGUCGGGGAACUCCCAUAUGCCACAGGUACGGCCCUAAAAAGAAAAAAAUAAAAAUAAUACACAGUCCCUAUUCAAAUUAUGGGAAAUCCAGAUAAAGCAUAGAGGAAAAAAAUAAAAAUUACUCCAUCCAAACCCCAAGGUAAUUAUUGUUAUAUAUGUCGAUCUAUUUCCUUCUAGUCCUUUGUGCCUGUUUCUUAAAACACUCAAGUUGGAUAAUGCUAUAUAUACAAGUUUGUUUCUUUUAUGUUAUACUACUUAACUUAGGUCCAUAUUAUAAGUAAUUCUAAGUUAGAAUAUCUUUCGAUAAAUCUUUGAAUGCGCUUUUUAUUAGAAUUAAUGAAAGUUGAUAUACUGUAUGAACAUAAAAAAUAUGAAUCAAAAAAAGACAACUUGGAAAUCUAUCAGUUUCUGAGUGCAGGUAGAACCUGUGGAUAUGAUAUCACAUCCAUGAAUGUUAGUUACUCGGCAAAGGGGAGAUUAUCCAGGUAUGUCUGAUCCAAUCACCCAAGUUCUUCACAAAGUAGGCAUUUCUCUGGCUGACGGCAGAAGAGGGAAUUAGAGAUGGCAGCCAUGAGAAGGACUCCAUGUAGCCAGCCUCUAGGAGCCAGAGUGGAGCCUGGUUGACAGCCAGUAAGGCAACAAGGAUCUCUGACCUACUGCAAGGAAUAGAUCCUGCCAACAACUUGAAAGAGCUUGGGAGCAGAUUAUUCCCAGACCUGAUAAGAAGAGCCCAGCCUAGCCAGUAUCUCAGUCUCAAGCCUUGUUGUACAUGUACUAUGAACAUUCAACCCAGCCAAACCAGCCCAGACCUCUGACCUAUAGAACUUUGGUAGUAAAUGAGUGUUGUUUUAAAAGCCACUGACCCUGUGCUGACUUGUUACAUGGCAAGAAAAGUAAUAUAAGGCCAUUACAUAAAGGCAUGUGUACUGGAAGGCGAGGUCCCUGGGGAUCACCUGCCACAGAAGCCCAGCCAAAAUCAGCAGAGUUGCCCAGAUUAGAGAAACCAUCCAGUUAACUCAUAAAAUCAUAGGCAAUAAUACCAGAAAUAAAUGGUGAUGGUCGAAGUUUAAGGGUGGUUUGUUAUGUUGUUAAAGCUAAUUGUUACAACUUCUGAGCUGAGAGAAGUAGGGAGCAAUUCCCCUAAACUGAAAAGCUCCAUCCCAGUUCCAAAGACAGUGAGGAACAGAGAAAGAGCAUGGGCUCUGAUGUUGAGCUCAUUGCUCUAUGAUAACACGUGACCAUUUAUCAGUAUGUAUUAGUACUGUGUAAGGAGCUCUAUAUUCAGUAUCUCAUUUAAUCCAUACAACUCUGAGAGCUAGGAACUGCCAAGACUCAGCGAUUCUAUACUAUAUUUUCAUUUUGUGCAGUCAGGCUACCUUGAAUACAUUCACCCUUCUAUUCUCAAGGCUCUAGUCUAUACACGGAGUUGCUUAUACUACUUAAUUCACAAGAUGCUACUACUCUGGAAGCUUUGUGAACUUCUAUGUAAAUACAGAAAUCAUCACCAGCUGUCCAGGAUUCAGUUUUCACAUGAAAUUUAUUUGUAAAUACGCUAUCAAAGAGUCAUGUAUUUGUAAUGACUCUGUCAAAACCCAUCUCUACAUCCACAUAAUGCCUCUAUCAACAUGUAUAUCGACACGAUUUCUGAGAGUCAGCUGUUGUUUGCAUCAUUCAGCCUCUCUGCUGAAUCAAAAUACACCAACUAGCCAUUAAAGGGGUGUGAAUAUAAUCAAAUUCACAGGUUAACCAUAAGCUCUGGUUUUGGAACUGGGGAAGGAACACUAAUUUUUUUUUAACCUCUGUGUUUGGGCUUUUAUUUUUUAGGCAUCAUGCUGCUUGAUUUACUUACAUCAGCUGAUUGUGACUGAAUCUGUUUGGACCAGAACAUGGGUAGUUUCAAAAGUGUCUCAGGUGAGUCUACUGUGUAUCCAUGAUUGAGAACUACUGACAUACAAAACCCUGCUAAUUCUUGCAGAAAUUCUCUAAGACUGGGUUUAUGUCCAUUUUAGAGUAAAGAGAUGGGUACCCACAGAUUAUUAACUAGCUUUCCCUGGCUCACCCAUCUUACAAAUGAUAACAUUUCUUAAGCAGAGGAGGCCAUCACUCUCACCAAAUCAAGGGAGACGCUGAACCUAAAAGACUGAAGAUUCCUACGUAACAACUGAGUCUCUUUCUUUGACUCUAUGCUCCAACCUUUCACGGCCACCCUGGUCCUUUUUGAUCUCUUCCCUAAUUUUCUACUGCAUGAAUAACUGACUUAUUUUGAUGGCAAUAAUACUCACCCUUACCUUGUAUUUGUACAUACGUUUAUCAAGCCUUACCUGUACAUUUCCUAGUUCUCAAAUCUGGUGACAGGCAGGCAAAUGAUUGCAAGAGACCUGGGUUUGGAGCCACACCCACCUGAGCUGGCCUCCUACAAGUACUUAUCUCUGUGGCCGUGACAGGUCAUUUUUCGUCUCUCAGUUUUGCAAGCAUAAAAUAGGGAAAAAAUAAAACCUGUACUUCAGAAACAUUAUAUUCAAUAAAUCUUACCUAUUAGUAUGCCCACCCUAGUAUGCAAACCCAAUGGAAAUAAAGUGUGUGGUCUGUCAGUAAAAAGUAGUAGGUUGAAUCAGACCUUUGGAGUUGACUCCUUUUUCUAACACAAAUACUCUUAAUAUUUAGAGAGAGAAUAGAAAGAAUAAGGAGUCAUAAAAUCGGGCUAAGGCUGACAUUUUUAUCCCUCAGAAGUGUUUCCAUAAAGUUAUUUACGCAUGAAACUCUAGCUAAACCACAGGAAAACAUACAGAUCUUCCUCCACUUAGGACGAGGUUACUUCUGGAUAAACCCAUCCUAAGUUCUAAAUAUCGUAAGGGGAAAACACUAACCUACAAACACCGUAGCUUAGCUGAGCUUACCUUAAAUGGGCUCAAAAUACUGUAGCCUUCAGUUAAGCAAAUUCAUCUAACACAAAUCCUGUUUUAUAAUAAAAGUAUUGAAUAGCUCAUGUAAUUUAUCGAACACUGUACUGAAAGGGAAAAAUAGAAUAAUGGUACGGGUACAGAAUGGGUCUAAGUGUAUGGGACUCUUUAUCCUCCUGAUCAGGUGGCUGAUCGCGAGCUGCGUCUGAGGGUACGGAGAGAACAUGUACUGCAUAGUGCCAGCCCAGGAAAAGAUCAAAAAUCAAAAUGAAAGGUACGGUUACUACUGAAUACUUAUUGUUUUCACACCAUCACGAAAUAGAAAAUAGUCGUGAGUGGAAGCUUCCUAAGUCUUCUAAGUCCGGCUGUCCCGUCUCUGUUUUUCCCGCUGUCUCAAAGUCUUUGCCCUGUGACCCAGUCCCUACCCUAAGCUCCGCACGUUCACUUAGGGGAGGCGUUGCGGGUUUCUCUUUACAGUGAUUGGUUUACCGGGGGGAGGGUACCUCGAAAGGCUCCACCCAUCUCACCCGAGGCCUAGGGGUGGGCGCUCCCUAUUCCCCUCCCUCUCCGACCUGCAAGGAGGUGGGCUGGCCGCGGAGGGAGGGCCCUGUCCCUUUAAGGAGGAGGGACGAGCAAGGCCGAGGGAGCUGCCGCUGCCCCGACCCGGUCCGCGCCCUCACCCCAGAGCAGCCGCAGCCACAGUCCCGGCCGUCCCCCGGUUGGCAGAGUCCGCUCCGGCCCCAGAAAGCAAACCGCCACCAUGGUGAAGAUCGUGACCGUUAAGACCAAGGCGUAUCAAGACCAGAAGCCGGGCACGAGCGGGCUGCGGAAGCGGGUGAAGGUGUUUCAGAGCAGCGCCAACUACGCGGAGAAUUUCAUCCAGAGUAUCAUCUCCACCGUGGAGCCGGCGCAUCGGCAGGAGGCCACCCUGGUGGUGGGCGGGGACGGCAGGUUUUACAUGAAGGAGGCCAUCCAGCUCAUCGUCCGCAUCGCCGCCGCCAACGGGAUUGGUCGCUUGGUUAUUGGACAGAAUGGAAUCCUCUCCACCCCUGCUGUAUCCUGCAUCAUUAGAAAGAUCAAAGCCAUUGGUGGGAUCAUCCUGACAGCCAGCCACAACCCAGGAGGACCCAAUGGAGAUUUUGGAAUCAAAUUCAAUAUUUCCAACGGAGGUCCUGCCCCGGAAGCAAUAACGGAUAAGAUUUUCCAAAUCAGCAAGACAAUUGAAGAAUACGCGAUUUGCCCUGACCUGAAAGUAGACCUUGGGGUUCUGGGAAAGCAGCAGUUUGACCUGGAAAACAAGUUCAAACCCUUCACAGUGGAAAUUGUGGACUCGGUGGAAGCCUAUGCUACCAUGCUGAGAAACAUCUUUGACUUCAAUGCACUGAAAGAACUGCUUUCUGGUCCAAACCGACUGAAGAUCCGUAUAGACGCCAUGCACGGAGUCGUGGGGCCGUACGUGAAGAAGAUCCUGUGUGAGGAGCUGGGAGCCCCCGCAAACUCGGCGGUGAACUGCGUUCCCCUGGAGGACUUUGGGGGCCACCACCCUGACCCCAACCUCACCUAUGCUGCCGACCUGGUGGAGACGAUGAAGACAGGAGAGCAUGAUUUUGGGGCUGCCUUUGAUGGAGAUGGGGAUCGAAACAUGAUUCUGGGCAAGCAUGGGUUCUUUGUGAACCCUUCAGACUCCGUGGCUGUCAUCGCUGCCAACAUCUUCAGCAUUCCGUAUUUCCAGCAAACUGGGGUCCGCGGCUUUGCACGCAGCAUGCCCACCAGUGGUGCCCUGGACCGGGUGGCUAAUGCUACAAAGAUUGCUUUGUACGAGACCCCAACUGGUUGGAAGUUUUUUGGGAAUCUGAUGGAUGCAAGCAAACUGUCCCUUUGUGGGGAGGAGAGCUUCGGAACGGGUUCUGACCACAUCCGUGAGAAGGACGGACUCUGGGCUGUCCUUGCUUGGCUCUCCAUCCUCGCCACCCGCAAGCAGAGUGUGGAGGACAUUCUCAAAGAUCACUGGCAAAAGUAUGGCCGGAAUUUCUUCACCAGGUACGAUUACGAAGAGGUGGAAGCUGAGGGUGCCAACAAAAUGAUGAAGGAAUUGGAGGCUCUGAUCUCUGACCGCUCCUUCGUGGGGAAACAGUUCCCAGUGGGUGAUAAAGUUUACACUGUGGAGAAAAUUGAUAACUUUGAAUACAGUGAUCCUGUGGACGGAAGCAUUUCAAGAAAUCAGGUAGGAGGAGGGCUUGCGGUCAUUUUCGCAGAUGGUUCUCGCAUCAUCUUUCGACUGAGCGGCACUGGGAGUGCGGGCGCCACCAUCCGACUGUACAUCGACAGCUAUGAGAAGGACCUUGCCAAGAUCUACCAGGACCCCCAGGUCAUGUUGGCCCCCCUUAUUUCCAUCGCUCUGAAGAUGUCUCAGCUCCAGGAAAGGACGGGUCGCACCGCACCCACUGUUAUCACCUAAGAAGACAGGCCGGAUGUGGUACGUCCCUCUGCCCCAGGACCCUCCGCGUCAUCUGACUGAAGAGCAUGGACAGAAACGAAGUGUCUUCACCCAGGCUUUGUAGAACUCAGAGUUUCCACUCACCGGUUGUUGACAGAUGGUACAAUUCCAAGGCCCUGCCCACUGAUACGCCUGUAAGUGCCACGUGGGAAAGAGAGAAACAGGACCCAGGGGCUGACAGGAACGACUGUCCAUUCCUUUUUGCUCCUUUUUGUGUCCUUACACCUUGCGGCUGCGUGGGUAUUUGUCUCCUUAGCACCCAGUCCUGUUUCCACUACAGUGUAGGAUGGAGACCGGGCAUCGGCUCCUGAGGCCAGUUUCCACCCUCAGGAUCUGCCCGGGAAAUGACAGCACACGUUCCUUUCUUCCUGGUGAAACUCUCCCCCCAUUUAUUGUUUACAUGUCAUCCGGCAAAAUGCGGUUUCUGGUGCCUUCUCUCCAAUCAGUUCUUUCCUCAGAGUGAGACGUACUUGUCUGCAGAUUUCUGCCUUGUUUUGCAACGUAAUCCCAUUCACACCAAGAUUUGGGAUAUUAAAGCAAAAUAAGCUAUCA